UUUUGCAAAACUGCAGUACACACGUUAUACAUUUGCUACACAUAGACACAGCACACUAUAACGAACUAGUGGUGCUAUAGAAUGGCAUGGACCUUCUCGUAUUAGUUUUCUAUAUCCUUUGGUCUCGGCUAGCUAUUCUGUAUAAGAUGUAGAAUUAGGGCCAAUACGUAUUACAACCCAUUCCAGCUCUACCACAGACCACAUCAUUACGGACAUUGAAAUGUAUUAAUUCUCUUCUCAUAAUAUUGAUUUUCAUCUAUCUGAUCACACUGCACGAAUCAUUGAAAUAAUCAAUUGCCCCAUUAGCCUUAAACUACCUAAAUACACAUUCACCCGUGACACAAGCGAUAUCCUGUCAAGAAAACGCACUAACUGAAAGCGUCAUACUCGGCGAAACUACGCGCUCUGUCCGAUGCUUUCAGAACUAAAUAGUGAAACUGAAAAGACGACCGUUCAGCGCAGCGGCAGGAGCAGGAAGGAAUCGUUUGAAGUUGAGGUUAAAACAACCGGACGGAAUUGUGGCUGUGCUAAUUGUGAUUGAUCAAACGUGAUUUAUCCUGUGAAAAGCAUAUUCUUUUUACUAGUACGGACAAUAAUAUUGCCAGUAGUAGCAUUGAAAGUUGUACCACUUUUUCAACCCUAGUGUUAAUGUCAUUAUAAUGGUCAAUGUCAUUAAAGGAAUACUAGUAGAAUGUGACCAUGCUAUGAAACAAUUUCUGCUUCACCUGGAUGAUACAUUAGCUCUGGGAAAGAAGUUCAUUAUUCAAGAUUUGGACGAGAGUCAUCUCUUUAUUUCUGCAGAUAUAUUAGAAACAUUGCAAGCGAGAGUUGAUGAUUUAAUGGACCAAAUAAGUUUCCCUCUGGCUGAGAAAGGUGUGUAAAACCACAGAUUUAUAGGAAAAAAGUGACUAAAAAUUGAGUGAAGAACCAUGGCCACUGCUAGAGAAUCUGGACGAUUGAAGGAAUCUGGGAAGGUGUUGGAUGAGGCAACACGGAAGAGAAGGGCUCGGAAAGCUCUGGAGGCCCUUGAACUUGAUAAUUUUCAUGAAGAUCCUCAUGCAGAUUUAGUAAUGAGCAAAAAGGUGCCUAAAUUUCAAGAAACACUAGACAACAGAAGUGUGAAGCGAAAGAAAGGUAAAAGUGCUGAAUACUACAAGCAGAGGUUUCGCAAAACUUUUCCUCAGCUUGUAGAAGAAGAUAGAAACUACAACCCAAAUCCACCAAACUAUAUGUCUGCUCAAGCGGCACCUUCCAAGUGUCCAGAGCGCCGCUUCUGUGCUGUGUGUGGUUUUCCUAGCACUUAUACUUGUGUAAAAUGUGGAGCCAGAUACUGUAGCAUUCGAUGCUCAGGAACACACUUGGACACAAGAUGUUUAAAAUGGACUGCAUGAGCAGUAGAAUAAGAAAAUGUAAAAUUUGUAUCACAUUUUUUAAAAAUAAAAUGACGUUCUCCAGUACAAUAUUUUUAUUUAAGUACAAGCAAAUAAUGUUUUACCUUACAAUGGAACCUGUAGGACUUUACAAAGGAGUUUAGACAUAACGCGAAUGUGACGUAAGGUACUUGCAAUUCGCACAUCAUUUCAUAGUAAAAGGUUGCGAUUUAAAACCCUAAAGAGCAAAGGAAUGUGAUGUUUUUCAAAAAUUCUAUACUCUUCUACGUACUGAAAGACCGCCAAGGUUGCACGUUCCCUCCGAAACUCAUACAAACAUUACCAACUGAAAAUACGUUCUGACGUGUGUCCACUUGGGCGUAAGUUACGAAUGUCAACAAGUGUUUAUGGAAAUGAACGACGGGUGACUGGGUCUCACCACAAAACUUAUUCACUCUAGUGAGAAAGCUGACAGAUAUCGUUUGCACGCUUUCACAAGCAUAAUAAAACCAAAUAUCAGUAACAAUGUACUAAUCGUCGGUGACGGGUGGUACCACGCUGAAAGUAACAAGAAGUUUCAAGAUAAAGACGAAAUUUAUAGUAUUUUGUAAUAUGAAAUAAUAUCGAAACAUUUACAUUAAUUUUUUAAUAUAUUUUAUUUAUUAAACAUUUUUAUUAAGUGACUUUGCCCAAGUGCUGAUGAAAACAUCGUAAAAGUAGAAAUUUGAUUAACGAUAACAGCUGACCUGAAUGCCCUACAUGAAGUUUAGAACAGAUUCGAACGACUAGUGGUUAGGGUGUCGUGUGAAUGCUAUAGAAUAAAUUUAUAUGAUUUUUUAAUAUUUAUUGUUAUCAGUUAACAACAUUUAAAAAUGGCAGAAUCAGCUCCAAAAAAGACCAUACCAAAUGGUAUAAAGUUUUUAUUCGGAGGCACAGCAGGAAUGGCAGCUACAUUGUUCGUUCAGCCUUUGGACUUGGUAAAAAACAGAAUGCAGAUGAGUGGUGCAGGUUCUGCUGUUAAGGAAUACAAGUCGAGUUUUCAUGCAUUUUCAACAAUUCUUAGAAAGGAAGGUGUGUUAGCCAUGUACAAUGGAAUAUCUGCUGGUCUCCUGCGACAGGCAACUUAUACAACAACUAGAUUAGGAGUAUUCACUUGGGCUAUGGAAGCUUGCACAAGUUCUGAUGGUACUCCACCAAAUUUUGCCACAAAGGCUGGAUUGGGAAUGUUAGCUGGAGUUUGUGGAGCAUUUGUUGGGACACCAGCAGAAGUGUCAUUGAUCCGUAUGACUUUGGAUGGUCGGUUACCUCCAGCAGAACGUCGAAAUUAUAACAAUGUAUUUGAUGCCUUAAUGCGCAUUUCUAAAGAAGAAGGUGUAUUGACGCUCUGGAGAGGUGCUAUACCCACGAUGGGUCGAGCCAUGGUUGUCAACGCUGCUCAACUUGCCACAUAUUCACAAGCCAAGCAAUUGUUGCUUGCUACAGGAUACUUCAAAGAUAAUGUAGCAUGUCAUUUUGCUAGCAGUGUGAUAUCUGGUUUCGUGACUACAGUAGCUUCAUUGCCUGUAGAUAUCGCCAAAACUAGGAUUCAAAACAUGAAAAAAGUUGAUGGCAAAGGAGAGUACAAAGGAACUUUGGACGUGUUCACUAAGGUGGUUCGCAAUGAAGGCAUCUUUGCUCUGUGGAAGGGCUUCACACCAUACUUUGCACGCUUGGCGCCACACACCGUGCUCACCUUUAUCUUCCUGGAGCAGUUGAAUGCUUUUUAUCUUAACUACGUAGCGUAGUAGAUAAAUAGAGAAACGGCUUUAACUUUAGGGAGUGGUUUUUGUAGCACAAUAUCUGCAGGCUCAGGUAACUGGUGCAUUUGGUAUUAUCCCAGUGUAAAUUUACGAUCAUGUGCACACGGGAGGGAAUCAGCAAACUUUUAUAUAGUAUAUUUUGUAUUUUAUUGUCAAGAGAUAUAUGCAAUAAUGUUGAGUUAUGUAAUACAUAUACUUCAUUUUGGAUUACAGUUGUCAAAAACUAGACGAUUUGUAAUAAAACUUCCUUAAUGAGACUAGAAAAUACUCAAUUUUAAUAAAUUAAUUUUUAAUUGAAAACAUUAUUAGUGACUGAUAAUAUUUUGUCUUCUCUGGAUCAGGUAAGAUAAAAAGUGAUAAAGCUUGUUUCAUUUUGAUGCAUAUAUCCUGAACUAUAAAUAUAUAUAAUAAUAAUAUUUGUAGGUUUUGACUGCCAUUUGAUUACAUACUGCUGUCUUUAAAAUAUUUUCUGUAUGCUAUCAUUGUCAAUGAAUGUUUUUCCUUAAUUUAAUUGGUAAUGAAAGCGCUGUACAUUUCACGAUUUGGGACAAUAGAUUUGAAUAAUAUUUCGUACAUACUGAACGAAUCCUCUAGUCUCAGUUAGGCUUGUGCUAUAGUGUGUUUAUAUCUAUAAUUAUUUUUAUGAGAUUUGUUAUUCAAAACAAUUUUGAAAACAUUUUAGAGUGGUAUCAUGUAGACUGAUUUUACCAAGUUUUGUAUUCUUUGGGAAACU